AUGCAAUUAAAUGAUUUAAUUUUAAUGAUUACGCUCCUCGGACUCGCAGUAGUCGGAAUCGGUGUUGCGGUGCUGCUGAACUGGACUGCCUUAAAGAGCGAGCUCGAAGGUCACAUCACGGUCGCACCAUGGGUGUUCAUCGUGAUCGGAGCGAUCAUGUUCGUGAUUGCCUUCUUCGGCUGUUGUGGAGCGAUAAGGGAGAGUCACUGUAUGGUUGUAACGUACGCCGUCUUCCUCUUGGUCAUCAUCAUCGUUCAAGUAGCUCUGGGAGUACUCUUGUUCGCCUACCAGCAGAACUUGAAGGACGCCCUUGUCAAGUCAGUGGACACACUGUUCGAUAAGGCCAAAAGUGAUGCUGCCUCAAAGACUGUCUUCAACAACCUCGAGCAACAGUUGGAAUGUUGCGGCAAAUACAGUGCGGCUGAUUACAAUUUCCUCGUCCCCAAGAGUUGUUGUUCCAAGCUGGGUGUGACUGGACAACUCCUGGGUGAAACCUGUACGAUCGCUGAUGCCAACUCCACAGGGUGCUCAACUAAAGUAGGAGAGCAAUAUGAGAAGUGGAGUAAGGUCAUCGCUGGCGUUGCUAUUGGUCUGGCCUGUGUUGAGGUGGUCGGAGCUCUUUUCUCGUUGUGCCUCGCGAACUCAAUCAGAAACAUGGACAGAAGGUCUCACUACUAA